GCUUUGAACUGGCAACCGUAUUUGCACUCGCACUCACACGGGCGCAUAUCCUUCCAGCUCGUACGUACGUGUGCAUUGUGCUGGCUGAGUGCAGUGUCGUAUUGAGCCGGUGGCUGUAUGUGUGUGCGCGCGCAUAUUCCCACCCGUCGCUAUCAUCAGCCUGCAGCGCAGCCAGAACAUAGUCCCAUGGAAAUCACACUUGAACAUACACACACGCAUAGCACGGCAUACACACUCGCAGUAAUCACAGGCGGUCUAAGAAUAGUCCACAUAUCCUUUGCGAAUUCCCCUUGGAAGAGUGCACGAUUGCGAGACAGAGAGUGAGAGAGAGAAAGACGGUCAUCGCAGUAUUGAGAAACAGCCAUCUUCUCAUCCUACAUAUCCAGAAGGAUUUGUCAGGCGCGCGUCGAUCGCUGUAUGUGCCAGGCCAUUUUUAGUCCUGUGGUAAUACGGCGCCUACUGCACCCGGCAAGACAGCAUCUUCCUUUCAGCCAGAACCGGUUACAUGGUUGUAAUGUGCCGAUCCGAGUGAACCACGCAGCGCACGAUCGUCGUCAGUCGCAUAUUUUCACAGCCAGCGCAGAAAUCAGGACCUGCUUACGCACUGGCGCCGAGGCUGAAAUUUAACGUCCUAGAAAGUUCAAGAUUUGGAUCAAGAGACGAUUUCCUGGAGUCAACGCUAAGCGUGGACAGUGGAAAAAGCCCGGACAAUUCCCGGAUUGGAAAAGUAAAGGAAGCAGCAACAGAUUUAACGCACCAUGACCACGGCCACAUUAGCCCGCGGUCCUCCCAUGGGACUCAAUGUGGGAGGCAAUCUCAGUAUCGAUGACGAUGGGGACGGGAUGAUGGAGGGGAUGGAUGAGGAGGACAACAACAUGUCCCGGGGCCGCGGUGGCCACAGCAGCCAUUCCCGUAACAACCAGUCCCGUCGGGUGGAGACGUCGGCGUCCCGCGGUCAGCUGGUCAUCGCCGAGGAGCCGGAUGGGGAGAGCGAUGAGGGCGACUACAACGGGGAGACCGCGGUUGACUACUCCAAUCCCGGGAAGCAGGGAUCCUCCGACGGGGAAGGGGAUCAGGACCGGGAUACCGGCGACGAUCAGGAACAGGAGACGGAACAGGACAACGACCAGGAUAUGGAUCAGGACGAUAUGCAGAACGGCAGUAUUCCCAGUUACGAUGAGUAUCAGCACAUGAACGAUCGUAACGGGCGCAACGGCACAUCCGGUGGGUCAGCGCAGGCGUAUGGCGGCAAGGCGGGGUCCGUGGACUCUUCGGGACUGAUGGCGGCGCCCAACCACACCGGCUCCAAGGCGGCCGCCGCCGGGAAGAACGGGAAGAGCUUUGUCUGCGACAUCUGUCUGAAGACCUUCUCCAAUGCGGCCAAUAUGCGCCGACAUCGGGUGCGUCAUUCCGGCGUGAAGCCCUUCGAAUGCCGCUUCUGUCAGAAACGCUUCUUCCGCAAGGAUCACAUGCGCGAGCACAUGAACCACAAGCACAACAAUACACAGAUGGAAUGCUACUUCUGUCAGCAAGUCUUUGACAAAGAGAAAGACCUCUUCCACCACGUGACCCGCGACCACGACGUUAACCCCCGCGAACUGCACUGUCACUACUGCUCCUUCAGCGCCACCACCCUGGGGCGCUACCUGUGGCAUCUGACCACCUCCCACCCGCGCAAGAACUCCCACUACCUGGACUCCUCCUCCGGCGAGCCGCUCUCCAUGUCCAUGGCCCCCUACACCCUCGACGCCGACUUCGACACCACCGAGACCCCCGCCGCCCGCUCCCGCACCGCGCCCCAACAGCACCCGGCCUACAACGACCUCCCGACGAAAUCGCGGGAGUAUGAGCCGUACAGCCGGCGCGAACGGGACGGCAAUGCGUCGCCUCCCACCGAGACCACACAUUCCAAGUUGAACGGCGCCCUGAAUCGGGGAAGCGGGUAUUACGAGGAGACGGGAAACCUGGCGGCCGCGUUGGCCGGGAAGUCGAACGGGUCGGCGGCCCGGCGUCCGGUGCAGUAUGUGUCGCUGCUGCCGUCACACCUGCUGGAUGGACAAGGCGGGGCGGAGGAUCUGAGCGGGUACGCGAGGAAUGGCGGGGAAGGCGGACAUGCCGAGGACCUGUCCGGAGGUUACGGAGGGUAUCCGGAGAACUCCAAACUGGCAUAUGCACUGUUUCCCGAUCGAAUUAAGAAGAUGAACGGAGCGACGAAUCCGUCGGGGACCAGUAGUGCUGCUGUGGCGGCGGCAGCGGCUGCUGCGAUGGCCGCCGCCGCGGCGCGGAAUGCCGAGAUGGGAGGGAUGCCGUUGUCUUCCGCUACAGGCAGCAGCAACCGUCGCAAGUCGAAAGCCCCGGUGCGGAUGGCCGCCAGUCCCGAUGACCUUUCCGGACAGCCGGCCGAUGCCGCCGGUGCGGAGAAUCCACCGCGCGGCACCAAACGCGAAUAUCCUUAUCCAGAAGAAACCCGCAACGGAAACUCAGAUUCCCACUAUUCCCCCAUGUUGGAGGAGGUCAUGUCGCACUCCCACCGCGACCGCCAGGCCCAUCAAGCCGAGGACCUCUCCGUCAACAACCCCCCGGCGGCGGCGGCCGUUCCCUCGUCACGCAACACCGGCGUCAUCCAGCGGAAGGCCUCUACCAACAACGGCGGCCCGACACCCUCGGCCAACGGCAUCGCCAACACCGCCACCAGCGGGGCGGGUGCCGCCGAGGGCGACAGUGAGCACAAGUGUCCGUACUGUCUGAUCGUGUAUCCGGACAACGUCAUGUAUUUAUUGCACAAGAUGCUGCACGUCCGCAAUCAGCCGUACAAAUGCGCGAUUUGCACCACGGUGUACCCGAACCGGUAUGAAUUCUACGCGCAUGUCGUCAACCACCGAGCUACAUAAAACGGCGGUUACGUGACGGCCGGGGGCAAUGCAAUAAAGGGUUGGUCGCCAUGGGACGGCGGUUGUGUGUGGAUUAAUUUGUUGAAGUGGAAAUCGACGGGGGGUGGCGUUUACGUGACGCGCUGGACGGUGACCAAGCGUUGUUUGUUGGAGUGGGAAUUCUCUCUCUUCUCUGUCUCUCUCUUUUCUCUGUUUUUUUUGUAUAAAUUUAUAGUUUUUAACAGCGUUUUUAUGCUGCAUUAUUAAUUAUUAUUUCGGCGACGGUGAGCGCGCGCGCGGCAUUUUGUUGGUUAAAUUCGACGGUGUUUUUUCCACGUUUCCGGUUGAUUUGUGAUAUAGUGUCUCCACGUGUAGCUAUCAUUUUUUGUGCUGCUUUCGACAAGUUCUAACAAAAUUAUUAUUAGUUCAG